UUAUUUUUUAAAGACACAAACUAACGACUUGUCUCCGAAGAGAUAUAUAUAUAAUAUAUAUAUAUUUAUCUAUCUGUGUAAAGUUUUACUUAUUUUCACUGUGCUGCUGGCGACUUGUAAACGAAACGGAGUUAACCAUGCUGUGGUCGGAUAAACUUUGGUGUAAACAGUUCUCCUGUGAAACUUGUUAGUUUGUGAGCUCGUGAGGAAAGGAAACGACUUUGCAGAGAUGUUGUUGUUGAUCAAAGCUAGCUAGCUGAAGCGGCUAAACGGGUUUUUAUUUUUUUUAAAUAACAUUUUCAGAUUUAACCUGAGAAGGAAACACACGGUUAGUGCGCUGAUCGUUAGUACUCUUUGUAUGUGCACGUGUUUAAGAAGUCCGUGAUGAAUUGACAUGGAGUUAAAGCUGUCCGAUUCUCCACAGUGAGCCAUGCACCUGCUACUGUUAGUCUGGAUUUCAACAAGAGCUUUUGACAGGUAGAGAGAGAGAGAGAGACCCUGAAAGUGGCCAAAUCUCAGCUGAAACUUUGUUUCUAGAAGCCCGAGCACUGAACAGGGCGGCUGUUAUUAUUCACCUGCAUUCACAGAUUAUUCUGAAUGAUAGACUGAACCGCUUAAACAUCAUCUGUAUUACCCUGACCGAGUCUAAAGCUUAAAGCUCUUCUGGAAAGAGUGAUGUAUGAAAAUGUGCCGACAGUGUCAACAGCUGAGCGGCAGCAAGUGCUCCAGGCCGUGGAGAGGCUGCAGUCCAAGCUGGCUCAGCGUGAGGAAUGGACUCACAGUGAAAGGCUGGGAACACUGAAGGAAGCACUACAGAGCCCUCUGCUUGGCCGCAUCCUCACCCUGCAGCACUCUCUCAAACAGCUUAAAGACCAGCUGAACUACAUACCUCCAGAUGCAUGCAGUGAGUUCAGCUUCUCCAGGAAGGGCCAGUUGAUUGUGAGUGCUAGUCGACCUGGAAGCAGUCUGAGUUCUGUAGUGUCCAAUGGCACAGCUGUGUCUUCAGCAUCCUCUGAGCAGCUCCAGAGAUGGCUCCAUGCUACAGCAAAGGGAAGAAAGCUGGAGCAUGUGAGCCUGCUGAGACCGUUGACUGGAGGGCUAGGCUUCAGUGUGGUGGGACUGAGGCCGGAUGGAGUUGGCUCUCACGGAGUUUUCAUCAAACAGGUGCAGCUGGGGAGUGUGGCAGACAGAGAUGGGAGAUUGCAGGAGAAUGACCAGAUUCUGGCCAUCAGUGGGAUUCCUCUGGAUCAGAAUGUUACCCAACAGCAGGCCCUUGCAUAUCUGCAGCAGCAGAGGGACCGAGUGGAGCUUGUCGUGGCCAAAGACUCUUCGCUCAAGCCAGAAGUUCUCCCAUCUGGAUCCAUUCAGACGGAGCAAUGGGGACAUGUUGAGGAGAUUGAGUUGAUGAAUGAUGGUUCAGGUCUUGGCUUUGGAAUUGUGGGUGGAAAGGCUACUGGAGUGGUCGUACGCACUCUGGUGCCAAACAGCGUAGCAGAUAAGGACGGGCGGCUGAGGACUGGUGACCACAUCCUGCGGAUUGGGGACACACCCACGCAGGGGCUGACCAGUGAGCAGGUUGUGCAGGUGCUGCAGGCGUGUGGUGUCAGAGUCCGCAUGCUAAUCGCCCGGGACCCUCUGGGAAAUGCACAGCCUCCUCCGCCACCCCCAAAUGCGCCUACAACAGCACCCGUUGCCUCCAUGCCCCCUCCUAUACCAGCACGCAGAACCAGUAAAACGCUAAACCUUGAGGGCCAUGAGAUUCAUGAAGUGUCAUUGAAGAAGAAAGAUGGCCAGAGUCUGGGAAUUUCUAUUGUCGGCUGCAACUCUUCACAUAGUGAUGACGGAUUAGGGGUUUCUGUGAAGAGCGUCAUCCCUGGCAGUGCUGCUGAACAGUGCGGAAAUAUCAUGGUCCAUGACAGAAUAAUAGCGCUGGAUGGAGUUAACCUGCAGGGCUUCACCAGCCAGGAGGUCCUGGAUGUGAUGAGGCAGACGGGUCAGACUGUGAACCUCACUCUGGUCCGCAAAAUCACCUCGCCCAAGAAAUCCGCUGUGGAGACAUCUCUGGAUAAAGUCCAAAGAGAGUCUUCCCGAGUGUCUCUGAGGAGAUCCGCAGAGAUCAAGGUGCGGGCAGAUGCUCAGAUGGCCUCUGUGAUGGAGCCAGUAGACACGAGUCAAACUGCGAUCAAACAGCAGUCAUCUACGAGAGUUCGAGAGCCCAUUCCACUGACAGAGACAGAGUUGCGCACCAAAUGGGAGCAGGCACUCGGCCCUCAGUAUGAUGUUAUGGUUGUUGAACUAGACCCUGUCAUUGAGGAUGAUGCUGAGUUGCAGAAAUUUUCCAAGUUGCUCCCGAUACACACCAUGCGUCUGGGUGUGGAGCUGGAUUCAUUCGAUGGUCAUCACUACAUCUCUACUGUGGCCCCUGAUGGUCCUGUGGCCAAGCAUGGCUUACUGCGACCAGAGGAUGAACUUCUUGAGGUGAAUGGAGUGCAGUUGUAUGGGAAGACGAGGCGGGAGGCUGUAGCAUUCCUGCGAGAGGUUCCUCCCCCCUUCACUCUUGUCUGCUGUAGACGCCUCACUGAAGAGGGCACUGAAUACCAACCUGAUGAUGAAUGGGGCUCCAGCAGCCCUACAGCUAGCCUACAGGAGCAGACACAAGUGAUCCAGAAGAAGGUUGCUGAGCAGAGAACAGCUCCAGAGCAGAGUUUUGUUGAGAAGGAGGAGGACGAGAAUAGGGAGAGUGGAGAUGAAGAGAAUGAAGAGGGAGAGUUGGCUCUCUGGUCUCCAGAAGUGCAUGUGCUGGAGUUGGAGAAAGGCGAACGAGGCCUCGGUUUCAGCAUUCUGGAUUACCAGGACCCUCUGGACACUACGCGCUCUGUGAUAGUCAUUCGGUCGCUGGUAGCUGGAGGUGUUGCGGAGAGUCAUGGUGGCCUUCUGCCUGGAGAUCAGCUGGUCUUUGUCAAUGACACCUACCUAGACACAUGCCCUCUGUCCCAGGCUGUAGAUGUCCUCAAGGCUGCUCCACCAGGCACGGUAUACCUGGGCAUCAGGAAACCUCUGGGGGCAGAGGACAGGAGCAUUGUGGAGAAACCUGCAGAUCUUGACGAACAAGAGCACACCCCCACCUAUCCUCAGCGACCGGUGUCUAAGGGCUUUGGAGAUGAUGCAGUCUUUCCAGAAGACAUUGAUGAUGACCCAGAGCUGAUCCUGGAUAGUACCAUCCGUUAUGCCAAACCUCUGAUCACUCCGGAGCUCCUGCCAGGCGAAGAGAGAGAGAUGGCUGUAGAUGAGGAGGAAGAUGAAGAGGAGGAAGCAAACAUUUUGAGAAGUGAUCGGGAGAGUCCACUGUUGUACCACAGGGAGCAGUCACCUUUCAGGGAAGAGGAAGCCAUGUCAAACCCCUACCAGACCUUUACCCAAGCUGAAGUACACCAACAGGUGGAGAAGGAAAACGCUGCAGCUGAAGAGGACUUUCGAACAGAACUCGAUCCGUCAGCAAGGACAUGGGUGGAGUUAUCAGAGAGCGAGGUGGACUCCGAUUCCAGGAACGAAGGCUCAGAACUCACACUAACUGACACAGAGUCUGCACAGCUGCCUUCAUAUACCAGAUGGAAGAAGAGGAGUCAGGGGGCUGCAAUGGGACUUAUGAGAGACGAGCGCAGUGAUUUACCAGAGAGAGAGGAUGGAGAGGGUGAGGAAACGCCCAUCUUCAGUCAUUGGGGUCCCCCACGCAGAGUGGAGGUUUGGCUGGAUCCCGGUGAGUCUCUGGGCAUCAGUAUCGUUGGCGGUCAGUCGGUUAUAAAGCGCCUGAAGAAUGGAGAAGAGCUGAAGGGCAUCUUCAUUAAGCAGGUGCUUCCAGACAGCCCUGCAGGUCGCACAUGCGCACUCAAAACUGGAGACAAGAUCUUACAAGUGGCAGGUGUGGACCUACAAAGCGCCAGCCAUGAGGAGGCAGUGCAGGCCAUUAAAAGUGCUCCGAGCCCUGUGGAGUUCAUUGUGCAGAGCCUUUCUUCCACUCCCCGGCCUGUUUCAGUUACAGCCCCAAGUAUAAGGCAGCACAAGGCCAAAAGGAAAGGCAUGCUGCAAUCGGACCAGAGGAGUGCACCUCCCCCCAUGCGUCUCCCUCCACCAUACAGACCCCCCAGCCACGUGCAGGAAGAGGAGCGUCCUGAGGAGGACAGAGAGGACAUCAGGCAGAAGUAUGGCGAGCUACAAGGGGAGCUGCUCCUGGUGGAACUGGAAAAGGAUCGACAUGGUUUGGGUCUGAGCCUGGCUGGAAACAGAGACCGCUCCUGCAUGAGCAUCUUUGUGGUGGGCAUCAACCCUGGAGGACCAGCCAGUCGCGAUGGACACAUCCGAAUCGGCGAUGAGUUACUGGAGAUCAAUAACCAGGUGCUUUAUGGGCGGAGCCAUCAAAAUGCAUCAGCCAUAAUAAAGAGCGCUGCAUCCAAGGUGAAGCUGGUGCUGCUCAGGAAUGAAGAUGCCAUCAAUCAAAUGGCAGUUCCACCUUUCCCCUACCAGCCUUCCUUUCUUUCCUCAAAUGAGAUUCAUCUGAGCCUUCCAGAAGCUGUAAUACCAGCAGAGAAAGCAGAGCCCCUGGAGUGUCUCCCAGAGCCCCUGCUGAGCCAGAUCCAGGAGCAGUCAAGUGAGGCCCCUCCAGAGAGCUCAGUGUUUGCGGAGGUGGUAGACAAGAGCCUACAGGAUGGUGAGGCUGCCUCGAAGAAGCUAAAAUCUUCAGAAAGAACGUUAGAAACUGGAGGUGAGGAUGUUUCCAGACCUCCAUUGGAAGAGACCGUGAGCCUUUCCAAAAGCCUGAGAAACUCCAGCAAGCUUCCAUCAACUUCUGUGGAUGUGGCAGCACUCUUACCUCCAGUGCCUCCUUCAUGCCCUGACUUUGAGUGCUGCAGCAAAGACCCUGCUACGUGUCCCAUCGUGCCAGGGCAGGAUACUGUGAUAGAGAUCUCAAAGGGCCGCUCUGGACUCGGUCUCAGUAUUGUCGGAGGGAAAGACACACAGUUGGAUGCUAUAGUGAUCCAUGAGGUGUAUGAGGAGGGAGCAGCAGCACGGGACGGCCGACUGUGGGCUGGAGACCAGAUACUGGAGGUGAACGGCGUGGACCUGCGCAGUGUAGCUCACGAGGACGCUAUCGCGGCUCUGAGGCAGACUCCCGCUAAAGUGCGUCUGACUGUUCUGCGGGAUGAAGCACAGUACCGUGAUGAGGAGAACCUGGACGUGUUCUCUGUGGAAUUGCAGAAGAAAAGCGGCCGUGGUCUUGGCCUCAGCAUCGUGGGCAAGAGGAAUGGCACAGGUGUGUUCAUCUCUGACGUGGUUAAAGGUGGUGCAGCUGACUUGGAUGGCAGGCUUAUGCAGGGAGACCAGAUCCUGUCUGUGGAUGGAGAGGAUAUGAGACGAGCUUCUCAGGAGACUGUUGCUGCGGUCCUUAAGUGUGCCAGGGGAAUGGUACAGCUAGAGUUGGGCCGGAUGAAGGCUGCCUCUUGGAUCUCCUCCAGACGCACCUCCCAGGGAAGCCAGAGUCACGUAUGUAAUAUGAUCAAUAGCAACCCUGUGUCCCCAAUGGCUCCUCCCACUGCCCCACAACCCAGCCAGUUACCCAGCAGUAUGAAGAGAAUAGGGAACGAGGCCAACACAAAGAGCUCUGUCGUUGAAACGGGCCUACGCACAGUGGAAAUCACUCGUGGCCCGACUGAUGCGUUGGGCAUCAGUAUAGCUGGAGGAAAGGGCAGUCCACUGGGAGACAUCCCCAUCUUCAUCGCCAUGAUCCAGGCUAACGGUGUAGCUGCCAGGACCCAUCGCCUCAAGGUGGGCGACCGUAUUGUGAGCAUUAACUCUCGUUCUCUGGAGGGUCUAACUCACGGGGAGGUGGUCACUAUGCUGAAAAACGCCUAUGGCAGCAUUGUUUUACAGGUAAUAGCAGACACUAACAUCAGUGCCAUCGCCAGUCAGGUGGAGAGCAUGUCUUCGAGCUCCGCCCUGAGCACCAACCCUGAGACCCCAGUUACAGAGCCAGAAACGCCCAAGCCAAAGAGCAUCACUCUGGAGAAGGGCUCUGAAGGACUCGGCUUUAGCAUUGUGGGUGGCUUCGGGAGUCCACAUGGAGACCUGCCCAUCUAUGUCAAAACUGUUUUCAGUAAGGGGGCAGCAGCAGUGGACGGACGGCUAAAGCGUGGAGAUCAAAUCCUGUCUGUGAACGGAGAGAGUCUGGAAGGAGCCACGCAUGAGCAGGCCGUGGCCAUCCUGAAGAAACAGAGAGGGCUCGUCACACUGUCUGUACUGUCUUAACACAAACACACUCUUAUUUGGACUGUCAUGAACCACACACAUCUCUCACCUGUUGCAUUCCUGUCACGAUCCAAGAAGAGGACUCUGAAACCUGGUACACACACACACACACACGCCCCCUAGAGGGAGAAUGUAUAGCACCUGGUUAAAAUCUCCUUCAAGUGUGUAGAGCUCAGUAACACAAACUCCAGCAGAGAUCUGUGUGGGAAAGAAAUUUAGCUUAACCCCUUUAAUGUGUGCAUAUUUUGCAUCUGUCACUAAACAAGAAGGGGAUUUGAGCAGACCUCAGACAUGGAUGACUCCUGUGUCAGACAGCAACAACUUUAUUCGUUGAUCACAUAUUUACAGUCAACACACUAAUCAAUCCAAGCCUGUAGCUAAGCAGUUCACGGUUAUGCCACUUCUGAGCAGAAAUGUGAAGAAAUACCUAAUCUGCUGCAUCUGUAGUGUACGUAUGCUUACAAUGGACAAGAAUUUUGACAUAGUUCCUUGUCCUGAGAUGAGGACAAAAAAGCGUUAGAGUCUGACAGUAAUAGUCCUAGAAUGAAAUAGACAUGAAAGAUGCGAGCGAAUGUUAACAAAGAUGUGGUGACGUUUCCAAAUUUACAGCCUGAGUGCAAUGCAGCAAGUCAUUCAGAAUAUUUUAUUCCCUAAAGGUGGUGUUGUAUCCAAACACCAUCACACCACAUCAAAUCUCUCCUCUAAAAAAGUAACCACUAUCUAAGGACAAGUUGUACAAACUGAGAGCUUAGUUGUUUACAUUUAUACAUAUGUGAAGCACAAAGGAACACACACACUUUAUUUUUAUUUAUAUAUAUAUA